AUUUCCUCUCCAGAGGAACAAGACCCUGUGGCUGUGCAAAUGACUCGACUGCAGGAUAAUGCCCAAAGGUAUUACCGCUACGCACUCAUCAUCACCUUUAUGGUCACGGUGCUGUUCUGUCUGAUGACUGUUCAUCUUCUUUUAUUUCCACUGCUCUGUACAAACUCCACAAUGGAGAUGGAGACCAUGACGAACCAAGACCAGGGGUCCAGUGAUGCCUGCAAUAUGGUUCUUGUGGAGAGCAUACCGGAAGGGCUAGUGUAUCCUGAAAAUUCCACAUCCAACCCCUCAGUAUUCCAGACAUGGCUGAACCUUCUUAAUGAGGCCAAGAGCAGUGUGGAUAUUGCAUCGUUCUACUGGACAUUGACAAACAAUGACACUGGCACCCAUCAUCCCUCAGCUGAGCAGGGGGAAUUAAUCCUGCAAGAGCUUUUGAAAAUGAAGCAACGAGGUAUUGCCUUGAGAGUGGCAGUCAAUCUACCCAGCUCCAACAAGGCCUCUGCUGACAUUGAUGCUCUGAGGGAAAGUGGAGCCGAGGUUAGGAUUGUUGACUUGCCCCAUCUGACGAACGGUGUGCUGCACACAAAAUUCUGGGUGGUGGAUGGCAAGCACCUGUAUAUUGGCAGUGCCAACAUGGACUGGAGAUCAUUAACGCAAGUCAAGGAAUUGGGAUCGGCUGUCUAUAACUGCAGCUGUCUAGCCCAAGAUUUGGAGAAAAUUUUCGAUGCCUACUGGACACUGGGUACGUCCAAUGCCACCAUUCCUUCUCCAUGGCCGGACAAGUUUUCCACCAUCUACAAUAAGGACACACCUAUGGAAAUGAUUGUGAACAAUACACAGACUCUUGUCUAUCUCUCUAGCUCCCCUCCCCAACUUUCUGCGAAAGGAAGGACGGAAGACAUUGAUGCCAUUUUGAGUGUUAUAGAUGAUGCCAAGAGAUUUGUCUACAUCUCUGUUAUGGAUUAUACCCCCACGGAGGAGUUUGCUGAACCCAAGAGGUACUGGCCAGAAAUCGAUACUCAUCUAAGGAAAGCAGUUUAUGAAAGACAUGUAUCUGUCCGACUGUUGAUAAGCUGCUGGGAAAAUUCGAAACCACCUAUGUUCCCCUUCUUGAGCUCACUGGCUGCUCUGAAUAGUAGCAAGCCCCAUUACAAUGUAGAAGUGAACAUUUUUGUGGUUCCUGUAUCCCCAGAACAGAAACCCAUCCCCUAUUCAAGAGUUAAUCACAACAAGUAUAUGGUGACUGACAGAGUGGCCUAUAUAGGAACCUCCAAUUGGUCUAGAGACUAUUUCUUCCACACAGCAGGAUCGGCACUGGUGGUGAAUCAGACCUGCGCCACCAACACCACAAACACAAUGCAGAAACAGCUUCAAGAUGUGUUCAUGAGAGACUGGACUUCCAACUACAGCCACCCCAUUAAUACAAUGAUUGGAUUCAAGGGAGAGUGCCUCUUCAUGUGA